AUGGCAGAAGACAACAACCUCUUCGCCAUCGAAGUAGACGCAGACGACUACGCCGACACCGCCGCAGAUGACACCCCCUCCGUCUCCCGCACCCACCAAAGCAGACCCGCCUUCGAGUCCAUCAAAUCCUCUUACUCCGCCAAAAUCACCGGCGGAACCAGCUAUAAAGACCUCAUCGCCGCUGUUCCCGUCCUCGCCAAACCUUGGUUGGUUAUGCGGUGGGGGAGAUGUACUAUGAUCGCGAUUUUGAGGGGGUGUUUGGGCUUUGUCGACGGGUGA